UUGUGUUAGAACGCAUUGUAAGUCAUAAUCGCAAUUCUCCGUGAAAAAAUAACGAUUUGUAAUUGGAUUUAUUAAUUAAAAUUAACGGUUUUAAUUGAAAUUAAAUAAAUACUAUCUCAUUUACAGCCGUAAAAAAGGAAAACGAAAGAGAAUUGACAUGAAAUUAAAUUAUCUGAAUGCUACCUUAUCAAAGAGACUUAAAGAAUUAGGAUUACGUGUUGGUAGAAAUCCUUCUUACUUUAUCAUCAUUCCGGUGUUUGUAUCCAUGCUGUUAGCUACGGGUCUUCAGAAGUGGCACGAAGAAAAGAACCUUAAAUAUUUGUUUGAACCCAAAAACACGAGACACGUUACUGAAGAAGACUCCAUAGAAAAACUAUUUUCAAUGAAUCUAUCUUCUGAUGCAUACAUGGAAAGAAUGAACAGAGAACCCAAUACAGCGAUAGUCCUAGUUACAGCUAAAGAUAAAGAUUCCGUGUUUCGAAGAGACGUAUUUCGAGAGAUUAUUCAAUUGGAUAAAAUUAUUCAAAAUAUAAAAACUGAAGAAAAUUUCGCGUAUAAAGAUUUAUGCGCAAGAAACAACAAAAGAUGCCUUGAGAAUUCCAUUUUGUUAAUGAAAAAUGAAAUCGAAAUGAUGGAAAACAAAACUUAUUCCAUCAAAUAUCCUUUAAGCAAGAAAGGUAAAUACGAUUUUGAAUUAAUGAGUUUAUUUUUAGGAGGAGUCGAAACAAAUGGAGAAGAUUAUGUAAAAAGCGCGAAAGCUUUGCGCUUAUAUUAUUAUUUAAACGAUAAUUCAAAACUUGACAGAAGAAGAGCAAAAGAAUGGCAAUAUUUGUUUUUGGAUCUUAUUGAAUCCAGUACUUUUCAGUACAUCAUCGUCGAUCGAUAUACGUCGAUUACAAUCGAGGAAGAAUUGUCUAAAGUCGUAAAUCGUGUAUUUCCUCGAAUACCGAUUGCAAUAAUAAUAAUAGUAAUCUUUUCAAUGCUGACUUGUCUGUAUAACAGUUGGAUAGAAAGCAAACCUUGGAUCGGAGUCGCUGCAUUAAUAUCUGGAGGAAUGUCUUUGGCUUCGUCAUUUGGAUUGGUCAUGUAUUUUAAUAUACCGUUUGUGGCUCCUGCUGGAUCUAUACCGUUUUUAAUUAUAGGAAUAGGCAUGGACGACGCCUUUGUCUUUUUAGCUGCUUGGAAAAAAACCGAUUCAAAGAAGAACGUGUCAGACAGACUGGCAGAUGUCUAUUCGGAAUCCGCUAUUUCUAUUACUGUCACUUCUGUAACGAAUUUCAUAGCUUUCAUUUCAGGUCUGUUUACCCCUUUUAGAGCAAUAUCUCAUUUUUGCUUAUACGCAUCGACUGCUGUUGUCUUCUGUUACGUAUAUCAGAUAACGUUUGUUGGUGCAUGCAUGGCACUCUUUGGAUAUGCGGAGAAACAAAAGAGACAUGCUUUAUUCUUCACGAAAAUAAACGAAGAGAAAGAAAACCGUGUUUGGAUUCAAAGAAUACUCUUCACAACAAAGUCUUGGAAAUCUGCUAAACACACUUCCGCUCCAACUUCAUCAUUUUGGAUGCAACUCGGUAAUAUUUUAUCAUUGUGGUACGUCAAGAUUGCAAUUCUCUUCAUUAUGGCAGGUUACGUGACUGUUGGAGUUUGGGGGGUGACAAAAACAGAUACUAUAGGAUCUCUUAGUUAUAUUUCUGCGUACGAUUCAUAUUUUGUACAAUACCAUAAUGAUAUUUUUAAACAUUUUAAUCAUUACGAAAACAGAAUCCAAAUAGUUGUCGAUCAAGAAAUGAAUUAUGCAGAUGUGAAAAUUCAGAAUCAAAUAGAGAAUCUUUUCUCUGAAAUGGAGAAAGAAGGAUUAAUUGCAGAUUUUCUUACCGAGUCUUGGCUCCGAAGUUUCUUGAAAUUCGUCAAAGACGAUUCAAUGGUUUCUAUUGUAAAGUCAUACAAUAUGAGCGACACAAAAGAUUUUAUUGUAGUCCUGCGCCGAAUGUUUCUACGCCAAUCUUAUGCACAGCGAUUUCGUAAUGAUAUUGCCUUUAACUCUGACUAUACAGCUAUCGUUGGAAGCAGAUUUCUUUGUCAGACUGAUUCCAUUAACGAAGAAAAAUCAUUCUACCUGACUUUACACAGAAUAAGAAAAGUGACUGAUAAAAUGCCAUUCAGAGUGUUUCCGUAUCACUUCUUGAAUUAUGCCAUCGAUAGCAAUGACUUGCAUGUAAAAUUUACUGUACAAUUGUUGAGUAGUAUUGUGAUAAUUGUAAUUUUUGUAUGUUUCGUUUUCAUGCCAGACGUCGUCGUCACGUUUUCGGUAGCUUUUUCUAUUAUUACUAUAGAAAUUUCUACCUUGGGUUACAUGGCUCUAUGGGAUAUUGAAUUGGCUCCGGUGUCUAUAAUCAUCUUAGUCAUGUGCGCCGGUUUUUCGGUCGAUUAUUCAGCUCAUCUAUCUCAUUCUUACAGAUAUUGCGACUUUGAGGAUCCCAAUGAACGUCUUCGUCAUAGCAUCGAUUUAAUUGGAUUCGCAAUAUUUCAAGGUAGUGCAUCAACAAUAAUUGCAGUGUUGCCUUUAGCCAUUCCGUUGUCUUAUAUAUUUAUUACGACUUUUAAAAUAAUCUUUUUGGUUAUUUUAUUAUCUUUCAUUACUGCUUUGAUAUUUUUACCAGUAAUUCUAUCGGCACUGCAUUACGUGAAAUCGAAGAUGUUUUGUAAAGAAAAGAAAAGGAGUAAAAAUCUGAAUCAUAGAACUGAAGGACAGACAAAUGUUGCAUUUCAUUCGUCAGAAAUAGCUAUAUAAUUAUCAUACUAAUUGUGUUUAUAUCUUUACGAUAAAUACGGUUCGUCAACGAAUUAUGUAACACAAUACAGUAAAUACACAUUAGAUUUCGGGGUUCUCAAAUUAAGUUUUUACAUUAAAAAAAUAAAUAAAUGCUUUAAUUAUUACAUAUUUCAAUAGUCUACAUAA